CUUUUUGGAAUGUGUGUUCCAAAUACUUCCCCUUCUUCCCCAAAGCAGGAGGUUUUAUUUAAAAUAAAGCUGUUUAUUUGACAUUUCUGGGAGACCCUUUUCUGAGGAACCACAGCAAUGAAUGGCUUUGCAUCCUUGCUUCGAAGAAACCAAUUUAUCCUCCUGGUACUAUUUCUUUUGCAAAUUCAGAGUCUGGGUCUGGAUAUUGAUAGCCGUCCUACCGCUGAAGUCUGUGCCACACACACAAUUUCACCAGGACCCAAAGGAGAUGAUGGUGAAAAAGGAGAUCCAGGAGAAGAGGGAAAGCAUGGCAAAGUGGGACGCAUGGGGCCGAAAGGAAUUAAAGGAGAACUGGGUGAUAUGGGAGAUCAGGGCAAUAUUGGAAAGACUGGGCCCAUUGGGAAGAAGGGUGACAAAGGGGAAAAAGGUUUGCUUGGAAUACCUGGAGAAAAAGGCAAAGCAGGUACUGUCUGUGAUUGUGGAAGAUACCGGAAAUUUGUUGGACAACUGGAUAUUAGUAUUGCUCGGCUCAAGACAUCUAUGAAGUUUGUCAAGAAUGUGAUAGCAGGGAUUAGGGAAACUGAAGAGAAAUUCUACUACAUCGUGCAGGAAGAGAAGAACUACAGGGAAUCCCUAACCCACUGCAGGAUUCGGGGUGGAAUGCUAGCCAUGCCCAAGGAUGAAGCUGCCAACACACUCAUCGCUGACUAUGUUGCCAAGAGUGGCUUCUUUCGGGUGUUCAUUGGCGUGAAUGACCUUGAAAGGGAGGGACAGUACGUGUUCACAGACAACACUCCACUGCAGAACUAUAGCAACUGGAAUGAGGGGGAACCCAGCGACCCCUAUGGUCAUGAGGACUGUGUGGAGAUGCUGAGAUCUGGCAGAUGGAAUGACACAGAGUGCCAUCUUACCAUGUACUUUGUCUGUGAGUUCAUCAAGAAGAAAAAGUAACUUCCCUCAUCCUACGUAUUUGCUAUUUUCCUGUGACCGUCAUUACAGUUAUUGUUAUCCAUCCUUUUUUUCCUAAUUGUACUACAUUUGAUCUGAGUCAACAUAGCUACGAAAUGCUAAACUGAGGUAUGGAGCCUCCAUCAUCAUGCUCUUUUGUGAUGAUUUUCAUAUUUUCACACAUGGUAUGUUAUUGACCCAAUAACUCGCCAGGUUACAUGGGUCUUGAGAGAGAAUUUUAAUUACUAAUUGUGCACGAGAUAGUUGGUUGUCUAUAUGUCAAAUGAGUUGUUUUCUUGGUAUUUGCUCUACCAUCUCUCCCUAGAGCACUCUGUGUCUAUCCCAGUGGAUAAUUUCCCAGUUUACUGGUGAUGAUUAGGAAGGUUGUUGAUGGUUAGGCUAACCUGCCCUGGCCCAAAGCCAGACAUGUACAAGGGCUUUCUGUGAGCAAUGAUAAGAUCUUUGAAUCCAAGAUGCCCAGAUCUUUUACCAGUCACACCCUAUGGCCAUGGCUAUACUUGGAAGUUCUCCUUGUCGGCACAGACAUAGAAAUGCUUUAACCCCAAACCUUUAUAUGGGGGACUUCUAGCUUUGUGUCUUGUUUCAGACCAUGUGGAAUGAUAAAUACUCUUUUUGUGCUUCUGAUCUAUCGAUUUCACUAACAAUACCAAGUAGGUGCUUUGAACCCCUUUCUGUAGGCUCACACCUUAAUCUCAGGCCCCUAUAUAGUCACACUUUGAUUUAAGAAAAAUGGAACUGUUGAAAUCAAAAGAAAAAAAUGGGGAAUUGUUCACAAACAAUAUUGGUUAUAGUUCUCUUGCUAAACUGCCCACUGCUAUUAACUUAACUUCAUUUUUAUUUAUCUUAGGUUUACCUGCAUCAAUUUUAUUCACCUUAGGCAUAGGGAAUGAGGGAAGGAGUUUGUGAAGCCUUAAGAAAAUUCUGGAAGCUUCAAAGUGCUACCAACAUCAUCUCCAGGCCCCCUCGUCCUUGCCUCUAACAUAUCACUAAUGGUGACAUUUCAUGGGAGGCCUUUUACUCUUCAUAAAUAUAUGUCAUAGAAAUCCUGCUGGAGAUGUCCCUUCUAAUACUCUGGCAUCACAGAAAUGUGUGAGACACAGAAUUCGGAACAUGCUUAGAACUCACAUUUACUGAGCUGGUAAAAUUCUACCUUGAACUGUAGAUCAAACCUCAAAGCAGCUUUCACUUGGAAUUUAAAAAUAAACAGUUCAAAGAUACUCUAGAUUAUCACCCUAUAAACUUCUACUCCAGUUAUGGUUUCUGACAUAUGAUUAGACUGUUUCAAAUGCUGGCAAAAUGGUUAAUGAAGUAAGAGAAACAGAUCAACAACAUAUGUUCACCUUAAACCAUCUGUUCAUGAUUUCACCCGUGACUAACUGGUUAUGAGAUAGGACUUAAUUAGGUUAUUUCUGUGGGUUCAACAAGGGCCAUAAACUCAGAUCCUACAGGGGCCAGGCAGAUGACUUACCUAAAUGGAGUGGAAGAGGUGGGGACCCUAGUGCCCUGAGCACAGCUUGCCCUUCCAAAGGAGCCAGCUGCUCCUCAGUGGCUGCUGCUGGUGCUAGGGAGGACCCAAUCUUGCUAAAUGUGCUGAUAUUUCAAGAGAAGUCAGAAAACUGGGACUUUGUAACAUAAGCUCAUAUUUUAAUAUGUUGGCAACUAAUAAAUUUUUAACCCAAAUUUUAAGUGGGUUAAAAAUUAAUUAAAAUUAAAGAUUUGAGGUCAAAAGUCUUCUAGCUAAAAUUGUGAUCAUUUCAUUUCUUACUUCUGGAGGAAGGUUCUAACCAAAUAGAAUGUCAUUAGGAUAUGAUGACAUCAAAGUCAAGAUAUCCCAUUAAUACCUUAUUCAAUUCAGCUUAAUAAUAGGAAUUUGUUAUAUGUUUGACGUUUAUCAGGUUACUAGUUAAACUCUUUUGAGAUGAUAGCACAUGAUAUUUUAAAGGCAGAAAAGCUUAAUAAAAAUUACAAAGCAGGACAUCAAAAGCCAGUAUCCUUGGAUAGAAAGCCAUCCCAGAUCAUGAGGAAUGAAAACCUAGAAACACCUGUAGGAAAAUAAAGCUCAUAUGUAAGAAGAGAGGAAGGAGAGACAUGCAGCAAAUGUUGCCUACGGGCAACUUCAUGUUAAGGAUCCAUGUUCUGAUUUGUUCUAAGCCCCCAAAGUAUGAGUAUUUAUUGUGUGCACUGUUAGUGCUAUUAUUAUUUACUGUGAAUGUUAUAAUAAUAGUUCUCUCAAUGACUCAUGUUGUCUGUGAUGCUUCCAAGAGAAGAUAACAGAACUUCAACAAAUAAGGCAUAUCCUGCAACCUUGCCUGAAAGAAAUUUUGAAGACACCACACACUUAAUUAAAAUUACUACAAAAACUUGAAUUUGUGAAGCAUGUUGUGCUUUAAAAAAUGCCUUCACAUAUCAAUUUUCAUUUGAUUCUGAUAAACUCUGUGAAGGACAAAAAACAGUCAUUUUUACUGCCACUUCCCAAUGAUAAUACUGAGGCCCAAGGAAGCUAAGCAAUUUACCAAAAUCAGCUCACAUAUAAAUGAAUGCCAUUAGCCUGCUGAUUGAAACUGCCAAUGCAGUGUCUUCUCCAAUUUCUGUGCAUUGCUCAUGUAUUGAAUGGAAGUUCAUCCACAAUGGUCUUGUGAUAGCAGGGGCUCAAACAACUUAUCUGUACUACAUUCCAAAGUUAAAGAUGGGGAUUAAUUAACAGAGAUGCUGGAUACAGCAACUUGCCUUACAAAUUUAGUGUUCACUGUUUUGUUUUUCAAUUCACAAAUGUCCACAUAGGCAUUAGUGUUGAGGAGGUGACUUACGGCAGCCACACUAUAAUUCUGCAGAUAACUAGAGAUAUAGGGCAAUCAAAACAGAUAUAUAAAAAUCAAUUUUGUUAGUCUUUUCAAAAUACCAGCUCCUCAAUUCCUGGACUUUUUGAUGGGUUUUUCAUGUCUCUAUCUCCUUCAGUUCUGUGCUGAUCAUAGUUAUUUCUUGUCUUCUGCUAGCUUUUGAAUUUGCUUGCUCUCGCUUCUCUAGUUCUUUUAAUUUUGAUGUUAGGGUGUUGAUAUUAGAUCUUUCCUGCUUUCUCCUGUUGGCAUUUAGUGCUAUAAAUUUCCCUCUAAACACUGCUUUAGCUGUGUCUUAGAGAUUCUGGCACGUUGUGUAUUUGUUCUCAUUGGUUUCAAAGAACUUAUUUAUUUCUGCCCUAAUUUUGUUAUUCAACCAGUAGUCAGUCACUCAGGAGCAGGUUGUUCAGUUUCCAUGUAGUUGUGUGGUUUUGAGUGAGUGUUUUAACCCUGAGUUCUAACUUGAUUGUGCUGUGGUCUGAGAGACUGUUUGUUAUGAUUUCGAUUAGUUUGCAUUUGCUGAGGAGUGUUUUACUUCCAAUUAUGUGGUCAGUUUUAGAGUAAGUGCAAUGUGGUGUUGAGAAGAAUGUAUAUUCUGUUGAUUUGGGGUGGAAAGUUCUGUAAAUGUCUGUUAUAUCUGAUAACAAGUUCUGAAAUUGAGGCAGUAAUUAAUAGCCUACCAACCAAAAAAAAGCCCAAGACUAGACAGAUUCAUAGCCGAAUUCUACCAGAGGUACAAAAAGGAGCUGGUGCCAUUCCUUCAGAAACUAUUCCAGACAAUAGAAUAAGAGGGACUCCUUCCUAACUCAUUUUAUGAGGCCAGCAUCAUCCUGAUACCAAAACCUGGCAGAGAAACAACAGCAACAAAAAUUUCAGGCCAAUAUCCUUAAUGAACAUUGACGUGAAUAUCCUCAAUACAAUAUUGGCAAACCGAAUCCAGCAUCAGAAAGCCUAUCCACCAUGAUCAAGUCGGUGUCAUCCCUGGGAUGCAAGGCUAGUUCAACAUAUGCAAACCAAUAAACAUAAUCCGUCACAUAAACAGAACCAAUGACAAAAACCACAUGAUUAUCUCAAUAGAUGCAGAAAAGGCCUUUGAUAAAAUUCAACACCCCUUUAUGCUAAAAACUGUCAAUAAACUAUUUAGUGAUAGAACAGUUCUCAAAAUAAUAAAACUAUUUAUGACAAACUCACAGCCAAUAUCAUACUGAAUAGGAAAAAGCUAGAACCAUUCCCUUUGAAAAUGGGCACAAGACAAGGAUGCCCCUUCUCACCACUCCUAUUCAACAUAGUAUUGGAAGUUCGGGCCAGAGCAAUCAAGCAAAAGAAAGAAAUAAAGGGCAUUCAAAUAGGAAGAGAGGGCCUCAAAUUGUCUCUGUUUGCAGAUGACAUAAUUGUAUAUUUAGGAAACCCCAUGGUCUCAGCCCAAAAUCUCCUUAAGCUGAUAAACAACUUCAGCAAAGUCUCAGGGUACAAAAUCAAUGUGCAAAAAUCACAAGCAUUCCAAUACACCAAUAAUAGACAAACAGAGAGCCAAAUCAUGAGUGAACUUCCAUUCACAAUUGCUACAAAGAGAAUAAAAUACCUAAGAAUCCAACUUACAAGGGAUGUGAAGGACCUCUUCAAGAACUACAAACCACGGUUCAAGGAAAUCAGAGAGGACACAAACAAAUGGAAAAACAUUCCAUGCUCCUGAAUAGGAAGAAUCAAUAUCGUGAAAAUGGCCAUACUGCCCAAAGUAGUUUGUAGAUUCAAUGCUAUUCCCAUCAAGCUACCGUGACUUUCUUCAUAGAAUUAGAAAAAACUACUUUAAAUUUCAUAUGGAACCAAAAAAUAGCCCGUAUAGCCAAGACAAUCCUAAGCAAAAAGGACAAAACUGGAGGCAUCACGUUACCUGAAUUCAAACUAUACUACAAGUCUUCAGUAACCUAAAAAGCAUGGUAUUGAUACCAAAACAGGUAUAUAGACUAAUGGAAUAGAACAGAGGCCUCAGAAAUAAUGCUACACAAUUACAACCAUCUGAUCUUUGACAAACCUGACAAAAAUGAGCAAUGGGGAAAGGAUUCCCUAUUUUAAAAAUGUGUUGGGAAAACUGGUUAGCCAUAUACAGAAAAAUGAAAUUGGACCCCUUUUUUACACCUUAUACAAAAAUUAACUCAAGAUGGAUUAAAGACUUAAAUGUAAGACCUAAAACCAUAAAAACCCUAGAAGAAAACCUAGACAAUACCAUUCAAGACAUAGGCAUGGGCAAAGAUUUCAUGACUAAAACACCAAAAGUAAUGGCAACAGAAGCCAGAAUUAACCAAUGGGGUCUAAUUAAACUAAAGAGCUUCUGCACAGCAAAAGAAACUAUCAUUAGAGUGAACAGGCAACCUACAGAAUGGGAGAAAAUUUUUGCAAUCUAUCCAUCUGACAAAGGGCUAAUAUCCAGAAUCUACAAGGAAAUUAAAUUUACAAGAGAAAAACCCCAUCAAUAAGUGGGUGAUAUGAAUAGACACUUCCUAAAAGAACACAUUUAUGUGGUCAACAGACAGACAAAAAAAAGCUCAUCAUCACUGGUCAUUAGAGAAAUGCAAAUCAAACCACAAUGAGAUAACAUCUCACACCAGUUACAACGGCAAUCAUUAAAAAGUCAGGAAACAACAGAUGCUGGAGAGGAUGUGGAGAAAUAGGAAUGCUUUUACACUGUCAGUGGGAGUGUAAAUUAGUUCAACCAUUGUGGAAGACAGUGCAGCGAUUCCUCAAGGAUCUAGAACCAGAAAUACCAUUUGACCCAGCAAUCCCAUUACUGGGUAUAUACCCAAAGGAUUAUAAAUCAUUCUACUAUAAAGACACAAGCAAAUGCAUGUUUAUUGCAGCACUUUUCACAAUAGCAAAGACUUGGAACCAACCCAAAUGCCCAUCAAUGAUAGACUGGAUAAAGAAAAUGUGGCACAUAUACACCUUGGAAUACUAUGCAGCUGUAAAAGAGGAUGAAUUCUUGUCUUUUGCAGGGACAUGGAUGAAGCUGGAAACCAUCAUUCUCAGCAAACUAACACAGGAACAGAAAACCAAACACUGCAUGAUCUCACUCAUAAGUGGGAGUUGAACAAUGAGAACGCAUGGACACAGGGAGGGGAAUAUCACACACUGGGCCUCUUAGGUGGGUCGGGGGCUAGGGGAGGGAUAACAUUAGGAGAAAUACCUAAUGUAGAUGACAGGUUGAUGGGUGCAGCAAACCACCAUGGCACAUGUAUACCUAUGUAACAAACCUGCACGUUCUCCACACGUAUCUCAGAACUUAAAGUAUAAUAAAAAAAAAUCAAGAUUUGCCCCAAGUAAAAAUAAGCAUGUAAUUAUUUUCCUCAUAAAAGAAUUCACUAGAGAAGUGAGUCACUGCGCAAACACAGUAGAAAGUUGUACACCCUUGUUAUAGAAAGAUAUAGCAAACGCUGAUUGCACUUUGGACAACUCACAAACACUGCUGGCAUUUUAAACAGUGCAUUUCAUCCUGCUUAGAUCUGUGUUACCCAAAUAUGAGCAGCUCUAAUUGUCCUUAAUCAAACAAUUUCCAGGUCUUUGGAUUGUAUCCUUUGAGGCAACAAGAUACUUGUGAAAUGGUAAAAGUAAACUAAACAGCAUCACUCACAGCAUCAACAUAUUGAGACUAAAUUUUCUCAGGUAUUAUCAAUGAUAGGAAAAUGACAGUGUGAUUCCUUCCAGGGUAGUACUGGUUUGACAGCAUCACUUAGAAAUUAAAAAUCUAGAUCUGAUAUCGCAACUGCCUGAAGGCCACACCAACUGUGCUUCUUACUAGUUGUUCAUAUUAGGAGAAUAUCUUAAGUGCUCUAAACUUUGUUUUUCUAAUCUACAUAGUUCUUCCCCACAUAAUGUGAUGAAUGAAAGAUGCAAUGUAAGGAGGUAUUUAACGGAGUACCAGCAAAAUAAGUUACAUGAAUGCAAAAAAACUUAGCCAUUACUACCAACUACAUCUACUGCCAGACUUGUGUUGAAAAGAAAACAUAUUUUAACAUAUAUUAAAAAUUACCUAUGUGAAUAUAUGUCUAUCAUAUAUAUACUAUACAUACAACAUAUAUAUGCAUAUACUAAGUGUGUGUGUGUACAGCACAAUAAAUUUUUUAUACUUAUUUAUAGAUAAAAUUUUUAUGUGCGGAAAGGUGAACAAAUUUGCCAAAAGUUGUACUGCUUGUUAGAAUUAGACGUGAAGUCCAUCACUGGAUAUGAUUGAUUCUAAAACUAUCUAUACCUUUUUAUAGGAUGCAAUUUAUCUGAACCUAUGGUGAUCACAUAAAAUUAACUAUUUUCCACUUAAAAAUGAAAUCAUUAACUUGUAUCUCCUUGGGGUUGUAAGGCCUUCAUAAUAUAGCCAAAUCCUUUAAAAUUCAUGUGUUGGGGGGACAUCUGACAUGUCCUUUCACAUGGGAUUGAAGGAAAGGAGCCACUGGCCACAGAUAUUGUACAUAUGGACCUUUUUAUGAACAUAAGACUUUAUUUUGCUGUUUCCCUAAUACAUAGUCAUGCAGUUCAUAUUUGAACAUUUUUGGUAAUCUGGUAAGCCUAUUUAAAAGUUUUUUCUUAUAGUGACCUAAAAUAUACUUUUCUCUGAUUUCCACCCAUUGUUCCUUCCUUUUCUUCUGCUGUUUAUAACUCUGGGAAGUCUGGUGCUGACACAAGCUGGAGCACCAACAGCAGAGUCUUAAAGAAAAGACAAAUAGGAAAGGGAAUAACUGUCCUUACUAUAGACACAAAGGUGAAUAAAUAGGACUACACAAACCUCAAGACCUAGAUCAUAUGCUCCAUACGCAAUACGUUUAAAUUUUGUUGGUGAAACACAAAAGAGACAAAUGUGGAGAACGAAUUGUAUUCAAAGCCAACUGCAACAUCUCAAACAUAACUAGUCUAUUAGGAGGUGGUGUAUGGUAGACAGGGUUCAACCCCCAGAGGAGGAAGUCUUUAAAAGGGAGAUGGUUGGUAAGGCACCCUUGAGAGGGUUCAGAGCAGGGGCCCAGUGCCAGUGGGAGAAUGAAGUCAAAAUCGGAGCUCAAAUGCAUGAUGCCUACACGGUGAACAAUUAGAAAGGCUAUAGCUUAGAUGAAUAGUAGAGUUUGUUAACUCAUUAACUCAUCAAAAAUGUUUAUGGAGUAUCUGAUAUGCUUUAGGCAGCACCCUGAUAACUGGUAGAGACACAAUAGAGAAGAAGACAGAUCAGAUCUUUAGCCUUCAGAUUCACUGACUAUCAAGCCUAUGGCAUUGAGGCUCAAGAUUCAAUUGUCAGGAUUAUAUUAAUCUACCCUAUUUUUAUACGUAUGUUAUGUUGCAGCAUCAUAGCUCUCAAAAAUAUACUGAAAUAAGGCAAAAAAAUUGUAGAACUGCAUCACCCUUUCUUGAAGAAUAACAUUGACACAUCUGUUCAAAUACAUUAACAUGCCCAUUUUGUCUUACUCAUUAUGAUGUGAACAAGGUGUUCCCAUGUCAUUGUAAAUACCCACACCAUUUCCUCACAAGAUAGAAUGAAUCCUUGUGGUUGUGCAUGAAUGAGCGUUGGCAAGUGGCAAAUGUUCUUUUGACUUAGUUUUCCCUAGUGAUCUACACUUGACAUUCAGUGAAACUCAGAUUUGGCAUAGAUUAUCACUUUCAUAAUGAAAUAAGGAGGGGUAGGGAGAAAGGGAGAAGUGAGUCAGUCAUUUUAUAAUGCAUUAAAAUGUGAGCACAGCAAUUCCAAAUUAAUCACCAUGUUGAUGACUGCAGCUGGGAGAUAAUGCAGACUAAUGGGUGUUUAUACAAUUUUAAAGCUAUAUAGCACUUUGACCUACUUUUUUUUACUUUAGAACCACUAAACUGAUUAAUUUAUCAAUGUUAAUCCUUCCUCUUUGUGUAAAUGUAGUUGACAGCCCUUUGGGAGAGGUGUUGGAGAUGCUAACUGUCUACAGUUCAAUCCACCUAUUGAUGUGUUGAUGGAAUGCUAGGCUUAGGAAGGGUACUCAUAACCCCUGUUAUGAUGUGUAAAAAAAUCCAGGAAGGUACAGAAGUACUUUUGAAGUCUUGAUCAAAUGAAGUAAGGGGAGAUAUAACUUCAAAACACAUUCCAUUUAAAUCCAACAAGGUCUAGGUUAAUAUUUUUACUAAGAAGUGUUGUCUACAUACUAUAAAAUUUUGGUUGACCAUUCCCUAGUAGAUGACAACUUCACAUGGCUAUUUCCUGAAUAAACUCAGAGAAGGUGAUUCUAGAGAAAGCUUACCAGGAGAAAUAGAUGUGUUUUAGAAGUGGAUACUUUCUGGAAAUGUUUAUGUUUAAAAAUACUUUUCCCCAAAUUCUCUGUUUUGUAUGAUCUUUGAUUUUGCUGACUUUGGUCAGUCCAUUUUCAGGGAUGUAAACUGUGCGAUUGAUGAAGGAUUAUUGUAUGGAACUUACAGACACUAUACUUUCUUUUCACAGAAGAAGUACAUUGUUUUUUCUCUAAACUUUAGGGGAAAAUACCUAAAGGACCUAAAGACUAAAGAACAAAAUUAAAAAACACAA